AGUCCGCCGCCGACUGCCGACAGUGCAUCUUGCAGACAUGGCUCUGCUACCGCCGUUCUAGCCACCGCACCGGUUCCUGAUCGCUAAUCGAAAGUGACCUCUUUACCACUGUUGUGCCCUAACGAUGACAAAUUAUCGGUGAUCUCAUUCAAAUCAAAAUUAUCAAAUUUUCUUACGUGACAGUGUUCGUCGAAAGUGGCCAUUUUCAAAGGAUUAUCUGCUUACGCCGUGAGGAUUAUACGCGACAUGGGAGUGGGAAGGCGCGUCUCAUGGCUGCGGCCGUGGGUGCGCGCGCUGGUGGCGGCGGCGACGGUGGCGCAGGCGCUGGCCGCGUGCCCCUGGGAGCCCGUGCCUGCGCUGCAGGCCGCCUGCGUGUGCGCGGUCAACCUCGCCCGCGACCUGUCCGUGCAGUGCGACCAGGUGGACUUCGCUGUGUUAUUAAAAGCACUGAAUUCGAGCGCAAGAAACAUUCCAAUAGACUUAUUGUACAUCAAUAAUUCAACGAUACCGGCGCUCACAGAUGGCAUGUUUACGCACUUGAAGAUUCACAAUGUGCAGAUUUCCGGUUGCAAGAUCACCCGAAUAGAUGACGACGCCUUUCGGGGGCAAGGACCGCAUCUGAAGAACUUGAACUUGCAGGAUAACGAGUUGCAUGAAGUACCAGUUAAAGCUUUCAAGAUAUUAACGAACCUUUCGCUGCUUGACAUCUCGAAGAAUCGCAUCACUUACAUAGAGAACCAUUCCUUUAUAACAUUGCGAAAACUGACGACGUUAAAAAUAUCAGACAACAACGUCACAUUGGCACCGCAUGCGCUGACUGGACUGGAGAAUUCGCUUAAAAAUUUAAAUCUUAAAGGAACCAAACAAAAAAGCGUCCCAGAAUGCAUAAGAGGCCUUCGAAGCUUAGCGUUCCUUGAUCUGUCGCAGAACAGCAUCAGAGAAUUGCCUGGACCUGAAGGCAAGCGAACAUUUGAAGGUUUGGAUUCUCUGACAGCACUUAACUUGGAACGAAACAUAAUUGUGACUCUUAAAGAAGACGCUUUUGCUGGUAUCAAAACAACAUUAAGUUCAUUGAGUCUUCUAAAUAAUCUUUUGCCAGAAUUUCCUGCUGCAGCGAUUGGAACAUUAUCGGAAUUAAGAGUUCUCGACAUAGGGUUCAACUUGUUAAACAAGCUGCCUGGAAAUGCCUUCGGGAGCAACCCAUCUAUUACACUUCUGGCAUUAGAUGGUAAUCCGUUGCCCACCGUGCCUGCCGAAGCUCUUGCCCAUUUAAACCAUACCCUUCGAGGUUUAAGUAUCGGAGGCCGAUUUCUGAAUUGCGAUUGUCGUCUUAGCUGGAUUAUAGAAUGGAUACGAGACGGUGAACUACAAGUGACCUCUAGAGAAAGAAAUCCCCAGUUCUGUGGCCACCCACCACAAUUCCGUGAGCGCGGUUUCUACAGUUUCCAACCGAACGAGCUGGUUUGUGAGCACGAAACGACCCUCACUCCUGAAGAGUCGACCACGCCACAGAGGCCGAUCAACGACUGGAAGAUAAGUCAGACAACAUCGACCACUGCGCGAAGUACAACCACAAGUACUACGACUACUACAACGACGGCUGCGACCAGUCCUGUGACGACUACUAGUAGUGAGGCGACGUCGAAGGUCCCGGCGACGACGACUGGCGCGGCGCGACCGCGCGCCCCGCCCGCCGUGCGCCCCGCGGCGCCCACCUGGCGACACGCCCCGCACCAACGCCCGCCGCUCGUCAUGAACUUUCCCCAGAAACCAAAAGUGGACGACUCGAACGAGGUCAUCGUUAAGAAUGCCUACAGGCAAGACAACUCUGUCAUUAUUCAGUGGGACUCUGACGUAGCCAAUAUUCUUGGUUUCCGAGUAGUGUACAGACUGUUUGGCGAUAAAAGUUUCAAGCAAGGUCCGCCGCUCGAAGCCAGCGAGAGGGAAUUCAAAAUCAAAAACGUUCCAUCCCAGGAAUGUAUAGUGGUAUGCGUGAUCUCGCUAGAAGAAGUGCACGUGAGCCCCGAGACGGUGCCGUACUCGCAGUGCCGCGAGGUGCGCACCGUGUCGGCCGCCGCCUCCAACAUGGACAAGAUCACGAUCGCCGCCAGCGCCGCCAUCUGCGGCACCAUCGUGGUGGCCGUGCUCGUGUUCGCGGCCGCCUCGCGCCGCCGCGCGCGCACCGUGCACCGCCUGCACUCCGACAAGCUGCCCGGCGCCGGCGCCUGCUGCGGCGCGCUCGGCACGCCCAGCCCCGGCGGCCCGCUCUCCUCGCUCGCCACGCUCGGCGCCUUCGGCAAGCAGCGUGAGUGGGAUCAAGUGUCGGCUUACAGCGCACGUUCGAUCCCGCGAGCACGAACCUAUACCGAACCGGCUCCCCCCGAUCCCCUGCCCGGCCGGCCCGGCCGCGCCCGCUCCCUCGCCGACGGCCAGUCGCAGCACAGCUACGCGCCCUCCGCGCGCUACGGCGUGCCCGGCUACCCGGGCAGCCUCCUCGGAUCGAGGACCGAUCUCCGUCAGUCGCGGCAGUCCCUGGGGGCGGCGUCGGAGCGAGCGUCGCGGCUGUCGCUGAGCGGCGCGGCGGGCGGAGCGACGGGUGGCACGGGCAACUCGCGGCGGCGGCCGCGCUCGCGCUCGCGGCCCGCCAGCAGGUACAGCGUGGGCUCGCUCGGCAUGGGCUACUGCGACACGUCCGACAACUGGACCGACCACGACAUGGACAUCUACAUGGCCCGGAACCCGACGACGCGGGGCGGCCUGGUGCCGUUAUAGCGCGCGCGCGCUCGGGCGGGCGCGGGGAGCCCACGCGCGCGCUGCUCGCCGUCGCCCGGGCGCGGCGCGCGCUGCACCUCGUGGUCCACUCGUGAGCGCGCUCGCGGGGCGCCCGGCCCGCAGGCGAGAGCCCGCCCCGUCCGCCGAGACGCAGAGGCCGGCGAGAGCCCGCCGUGGGACAGCCUCGAGAAGAAGGCCCGUUCCAAAAACAAAAAGUGAGCCGAGGGGAACCCUCGUAGUGGAGAUGGUUACCACUACCCGGAUCGCUCGCGUGGAAAACUUACGUAGACAUGUUAAGGUACGGUGAGCGGCGGAUGUCGCUCCUCUGGUAGAUUACUUGGAGGGAUCGGCGCUGAACGUUUUCGUCGAAAGAGAAAGAGGCUCGGGUAAAUAUUUAUCGGCUUCAUAUUCUACGUAGCUUCUGCUGCUGCUGCACACCGCACACCGAGACAUAAAAUAGAUAUUCCCUCCAGCCCUCCACCCGAAAUAACGAAACGAUUAUUAUGGAAGGAGAAAUCGAGCAACUCAUCCGUUCCAUUUGAUUAAUUAAGAACUAGUCAGAUCAGAGAUCUAUUUCCGUCCAACGAAAUUUUUAAGACUUAGAUCGUAUUUGACUAAUUACCUAAGUAUUUUAUACGGUGGAAAGCAAUAUUAGGUAAUGCAAUAUUUAAUAUCCGCUAUUAUGAUUCUUGUAAAGUUUUGUCAAUUAUACAUUGUACUUAACGUAACAUUAGGUAAAUUAAAGUAGGUAAGUAAUAUAAUAUAGGUACGGUAAUUAUUUAUAAGCUGUAAAUAUUAGAUAAGUAAGAAAGUGCAUAAUAUAAUCCAGUUCACUUUUCCGAUAACCAAAUACAAGAGAAGCAUAAUCCAAAUGGUGCUAAAUAUUAUUACAAUUUGUACAUACACUUUUUAUUCAUAGUUAAAUCAAUAUUGUUAAUAAAUUUAAAUA